GUUUUGGAGAUUGGGUUUCCGCCAUAUGUGAUGAUCCAAAUACAUCUGAAUUAUCUGAUCAAUUUGAUGCCGCAGAAGAGACAAAAUUUGCAAAUUUGGAAAAAUGUGUUUCUGAUCGUGAUUUAUCGAUUCAUGAAAAGGCAAUUUAUACUAGUC